AUUUUUCACCUAGCGUUUUGAUCGUGUUCAGAUUUCGACAGGAAUCGAAUAUUUUUGCUUUGGUAAUAUUUUGUUCAAAGAGAGGAGAGGAACAUGCCCACUCUCUUCCCUAUAGAUAGGGAUCAAAUUCAAGAGGAGACGGAUAGAGAAGAAUGCUUAGCUUACGGAGAUCAGAUGUGCAUGUUUCACGAAUUAACUAAAGGCUACAUCUAUUCGGAUAGAACAAGGCUUUUCAAACAUAUUCCCUUUGUUAAAAUAAUCAUUGAAAUCAUUAAACGAUGCCCUUUUCUCAAAAAAACAAAACAUUCAACUAUAACAUUCGAAAUAUGCGUUCAAAAUCGGUAUAAAUUGAAUAAGAAGUAUAUGAAAUUGAAGAAAGAAUUCGAAGCCGGUAGAGAAUUUUUGAAUAAGGAUGAAAUUGAAAAACUGGAAAAGUCUCUUCGAGAUGUUUACGUCACAGUUGAAGCGGAGAAGAAGGAUAAUAUCAAAGAUCAAGAAAGAUUACGCGGUAAGGCGUUAAGAUACGGUGAAAUAAUACAGCUCCGUCACAUUUUUACGAACAAGUUCAUCCACGUUAGCGCGUCCGAUACAAGUCACAUUAUGAAAAACAAGUCUAUAGUUAAACUCGAAGAUUAUAGCGACAAAGGAAGUUGGUUUCGUAUUUUGCCUAGAGGAAAGAUUAAAGUUAGCGGAGAAAAAAUUGAAUACUCAGACGAGGUUGUUUUUGAAAGCGGUGGAACUGUUCUAAGACUUUUUCACAAAGAACUAGAAAGUUAUCUAUGUGCUGUAGGAGUAUUUGGUCAGGAUAUAGAAGAAGAUGUUCAUUUCCGAGUCAGAGUAAUCGAUCAAUCGGAUACUCGUACUCUUCAGCCUUCAACGUCUUCUAACAUAUAUUGGCAAAUUGAGAAAGUUGAUGAUGUUACUUCAGGAGAAGCUGUUUUAUGGAAGGAACAAAUACGAUUACGUCAUUUGACGACGAGAAAGUUUUUAUCGUUAAACGCAGAGAACAAAUUUGUUCUAGUAGAUAACAUUGAUGACCCAAGAACUUUGUUAACAUUUUAUCCCCUUGCCGGAGCUUUUAGAGAUGAAAAAAUCGAUAUUAAUUCAAAUAUUAGAAUAUUUCAUGUUAUAUCGAAAUCUUGGGUACACGGAUCGGGAAAUAACUACUACACGCAAAAGAACAAGAGUACUCUCUACAACGAUACUUCGGAAUUGCUGGAGGUAACCAUUUCGCCUAUAUCAGAAUUUCCAGACGUUUUGGCAAUACAGCAGGUAGCUUACGAAGAUUUUUGGGCUUUUAACUACGUGGCUGGAAUGGUACCAUAUCUGAGAAGUUUAGUUGAGGAGAGGGCAAAUGGAGCAGUUUGGAAGACAAGGGAUGAUAAUGAAAUUUGUAAAAUUUUUAAAGAGUUUCGGGAAUUUCUCCAAAUCGAUGGACAAAUAUUGAAACAGAGGCAAAAAUUACUGCGGAACUUGCACAUUCUGGAGAUUUCUAUCAAGUUAUUAUCAUUUCCUAUUAGUAAUGAAUUAGACGAAAAAUACUUGAAUUCGAUAUUUUGCACCCUCUGCCAACUGUUCGUUUCGUAUUCUGAGGGAAAGAGUAGGAAGAAUGCUAGACACAUAUCAAAGUAUCUGGAAUUUUUCAGAAAGAAUAUCGAAGGGAAGAAUUAUAAAAUGCUUGAAUUCUUGGGAUGUUUAUGCGUUUGCGAAAAUACAGCAAUGACUGAAAAUCAGAAUUUCAUAUGCAAAAGUCUAUUUGUCGAUAUGACAGAUAUAAUGUUCAAGCUAAGAAAAGGCAGUAGCGUUGAUAGUGAUUCAUCAAACAUUCUAUACAUAUCGACUGAUGCUCAAAAAACAUGGCAACCUCUACACAGAUUUGUAUCUUCUGGAGGAAAACAGAACCCAUUGCAGUAUUUAUAUUACGAAAAACAACUGGAAUUGUACGGAAAAAUGUGUUUUGGACAAAAUGAAUAUGCCCUAAAUAUUAUCACCACUUCUGCCGAGUUGUUUAGCUGGGAAACGGCUCUAGCUGGACUGAUAUCAGAACAGAUAGCCUAUUCGUUUCGGUCAAAAUUUUGCGAUAUCAUUACAAGCCUAUUUAUCGAUAUCGUAAGUGAUUCUGAUGUAAUUCGUACGGCUUCUUUGAAUUUCUUGUACGAAGAAGUAACAACUGAUUUAAAGAAGUCUAAUACCUCAAGGGUUGCUAGAGAUAUAAAUGCUCAUUUCCCCCAUCUAAGAUGUUGGAUUUUCGAAUUUCUAUCCGAUCAUAAAGUGUUAAUUGCUAAUAAUAUUGGUAGAAAUCAAUUUAUUGGCCGUGUUUUAAAUAUGAUAAAACAUUUAAUAAAAUUCGGAUAUAUCGGUUCAGCGUAUGAUAUUGACGCUCUUCUACCAUUGGUUCUAAGUAUCCUAUCCGGUUUUAACGAUCUACCAUCUUCUCCCGAUGAAGGAUCGACUUAUUCGAUCAAAGCGAGACAUGACGUGAAUAAUUAUAAACUAUACAGAAGAUACGAGAAGAGCGAAAAAACCGAUCAACUUUUAUUAGCAAAGAAAGAAGCUCUUGAAUUGAUUGAAUUAUUGAUGAUUAAUCAAUUUAAUCGUAAAGUUAAGCAAAUUCUAUCAAUAUUUAAAGAAAUCGACCAAAAAGAACUACUACCGGUAAAGCAACAUCAUCCGCUAGGAACAUUCCUAGAGAAAGUACACAGCCCGUCUUAUUUAUGGAACAAUGUUAAAUAUCGAAGAGUUCUUAAGAAACUAUUGAAGGAUAUAUCGAGAAGUAGCGAUUCGCUAUUUUCCGUAUUGCCUCAAAUUUUAAUGGAUUUAACGAGGUAUAGUUCGGAGGAAAUACUAUUCAAAGUUAUUGAGAUUUUAGAUAUAAUAUCCUCCGAUAAUAAUAGACUAUUCGAAGUUGUUGAAAAGUGUCAGAUACUUUGUUCAACAAGUUCCAUAAGAGUUCAUAGGCAAGUUUUAUCUUCUAUGCCAAAGUUAUUGCAGUGCGUAACUCGGAAGAUAACUCAAGAUAAUUGCCAAAAUAUUCUGACGAUUUUAGAACAAUAUACAGAAUUAUGUUAUGCCGCCUACGACGAGAAUGUAACUUUUACAGUGGGACAAAACAUCAUGAUAAAUAACGAAGUAUUAGCAUUCAUUUACAACAUGAUUUCUAAGAGUAAAACGUUGAACAUAUCAAUAGACGACGAUGACGCAGCUGAAAUUAGAGUUCUUAAGGCUUCUUUGAAACUUCUUAAAUAUCUUACAAGGAAAAAUGCCCACGUUCAAAAAUAUGUAUUUGACAGAUUCGACGAUUUUAUGUCUAUAAAACAUUGCGGUUCCAGUUUGGCUAUAGCUAUGAUGGAGGUUUUUAGAGGACACGUUAUGAAUUGCUUCAAUAUUAAAAAGAAUCACGUGCGAAGAAUUAUAAGAUUAGUUGGUGUUCACCAGCAAAGAGCGCCCGAACUAUUACAUCUUUUAUCGGGGAUUGUUAGAGAAAGGCAAACUGGAGUAUUGAUAAAAAAAAAUCAAUUAUUAGUUGUUCAAGAAAUUAUGACAAACUAUCCAAAAAUUGCUUAUUGUUUGUCAUACACAAUCAGGAGAAGAAUGAAUAUCCUAAUUGGACACGAAGGAAAAGAACAUGAGAGUUAUCUUGUAGAGCUUGUACGUUUAUUGGCAAUAUGCGCGGAAGGAGAAAAUCGAUAUAUUGAAAAUUUUUGUCAAACUUUAUUUUCAACAUCUGAGUUAUUAACAAUUCUUAAUAAUAGAUAUAUAAAUAUGAGAAAUAAGGGCAUCUUUGCCAAAUAUCUUACGUGGGCAUACUUAAAAACUGCUAGAUCUGAAAUUGAAAGUGGCGUUGACCAAUUCACGAGCGACUUUAAAUUUUGGCAGCAUUUAAAAGCUUUACGAACUCUAUUAAAUCGACUUCAGUUGAAAGUUAAUGUUAAUUCAACAAUAGAUGAAAAUGGUGAAAAUAGAGUAGCAUCAGACGAAAGAAUCGAUGAAUUGUGUACUUAUUUUCUAGAUGGAGGAUUGGAGAUGUUGAAUGUAUAUCUUUCAAAAUAUUACAAAUCGGAAGAGCAGUCUCACGAACAAGAAUUUAUUAUUAGAAAGCUAAUUAACCUUCUCAAAAUAUUCUUCCCGAGUAUUAUUCAGAAUAUGACAACUUUAAACCACUGCCAUAUUGUUUAUACAAGCUUUCAGAUGUUCCUUUUAAAAACUAAAGAAUCUCAGUCGGAAAUUUCUGAAUUCUUCAGCCAAAACAAUUUCUCAUCAUUUGUCGAAACGAUCGAACAGAGAAGCGAUCACGUUGAAGAAAUUUACGAUAGCCAAGAAAAAGUCUUGAAAGGAUGUUUAAAGAAUUUCGUAAGUAAUUGCAAAAUCAUUAUCCAAGGAAAAGAUACGCUAUCUUACGUUUUGAAUAUAAAAAGCGAACAGAGAUAUAAUCAUGAGGAUAAAAUAAUGUUUAUACCAGUUAACGAAGAAUUUCAACAAUUAGUUAACAUUUUCGACGAUGACUUUCUAUGUUCAAAACUGAUUGAUUUCUUAAAAAUUUCAACUAAAAAGAACAGAAAUGUGGCAACUGAUGCUCAAGAAAAGUUAGAGAUGAAAUGUAUGGAUAUACUUAGCGCCUUAUUGUAUAAUAGAAUCCUUGCUGUUGAAAAAAGUUCUCCUUCUCAAGAAGAAAGAAAACUCUGCUAUCUUCGACAGAGGCAAUGUCAGUUUGUUGAAUAUGGUAUUAUUCCCUGUUUAAUGGACAUUCUAGUAAGGGAUAGCGAUCCAAUUCGCAAGAAAGUUAUGGUUCUCUUUGAUCGUUUACUAUAUAACGCUUUGAAUCAUAUUCAAGUAAAAAUAAUGGAAUAUUGUAAGAGUACAAAGGAGGAAAUAUUCUUUUUGGUCCUUGAAACGUUUCUCAAACGUGGAGCUAUUGAGAGUAAAGAAAGGAGAUCUCUUCGAGUUCAAAUUCAGCAGAAAUCAACAACUAAAUACUAUAAUAAAGACAAAAAUUCUCCUGAAAAUAAAAGCCUUGCCGGCUAUACUACAGAUGACAACAGCAGCAUUAAGACUGCUACUUCAAAUAAUGAAAGAAAAGCUAAAGGUGGCAACUGGGUAGCUCUAGCCCGACAGCGAAAAAGUUUGGCUUUUAUUACGAUGGCCAGAACUGUUCUGGCUAAUAGAAUGCUCCCUUUGCAAAGAAACAAUAAUAGAUUCUCCGACUCCCUUCAGUCUGUCGAGCUAAAGGAGUUGAAAACGCAAAAAGAUCCAACAUUUAUUGAACAGCAGCUAAAAGAGUUUGUUCCCGACGGAAGUACAGAAUUAAUAAUAAGAGUUCUUGGAGGAUUAUGUUCCGGACAAUAUCUUUCAUUACAACUUUAUUUAAGAUGCCAAGAUGAUAAUUUAAGAAAAGUUAUUCUCAACAAUAAAGUCAUAGAUUUUAUAAAUUUUCUGCUAAGAAUGAAAGAAUACAAGCAAUGUACGCCAAGACAAGUUUUAAAACUUUGGUUGAAUAUAAGUAAUCUCUUAAGGGCUCUUGUUGAAGAGAAUUCCUCUGAAGCAAUUGCACUUGCCAAAGAUGUUGCGGCGACCCUUGACUUUUCUAUGUUGAAAAAAGUCAUUCAACAAUGCUACGAAAUUAAGGAAGCCAGUAAACCAAACUACCUUUCACUAAUUGGAGAGGAAGAAAAUCAAGAAGCUACAUCGAAACGACAAUCUGACCUGGAUGGGUUAUCAGCCGAUUGUGGAUUUUCCUUUUAUUUACUGUCAGCUCGUCUCUUAGAUAUUGAUAAGAAGUUGAAAGAUCGGUAUUACACAACAGCCAGGGAUAAAGCCAUAUGGGAUUACUACAAGAAGAAUUGUGGUUCAAUUGAAAUAGUAAAGGACGAUUGUUUACAAAAGGUUCAUUUUAGAAUAAAAACAGCAGGAGCAGUUAGGGAAGAAGUAAAAGAAGUUAUUAAAUGGAAUACGGAUAGAUCUUCGGCAACUAGUAAAUUAAGAGAUUUGAUAAAAUGGGGAAAAGAUACUUUAAACGUUGUACCUCAUCAAAAGAGACUUUUGGACAAAAAACUAUUUAGGCAAGUCAAAUGA